CAGUGCCUUGGACCACUGCGCCACAUCAUGCAAGACUACAAAUCCCUGCAACUCCUGCACAGCCUCUCUAGUUGACACCUUUGCUAACAGGUACUGUAUCAAAUUAAAACUUGCCCAAGACAGUUCACAGAAUUGUCAAUUAUUUAUUACUACAUUUAGCUAACAUUAGAUAGUUAAUCCAGGGAUUACCUUUCCAUCUAUUUGGAAGUCGCAUCCAGAUCAUCAUGGAAUUUGAGAGAAUGCAAGCACAUUUGUUCGGCUAGCCGAGUUCUGCUAGGCACCAGCUGAACUGAAGCAUGCUGACACCUUUGGUGUUCCCACAUGGUCAUAUUUCCACGUUACAGCGCUUGUUUACGGAGAACAGACGGCAGACAAGAAGCGACCACCUGUGCUAAUUAGCCAUUUAGCAUGCUCCGAACACCUGUGUGUAAGCGUAACUUGGGAAGUGUAGUUUCGUUGGGUGGAGGCGCUCAUACCAUAGUUGUAUGGAUCUGUUAAAAACUCCUAUAUUUAAAGGCAAAGGGGACAGACGAUGUUGAACUACAUGCCCCACAGUUCUUAGCAAACCCUUCGAACUGACGCUUCCACUUCCUCGUACCAGGCGCAAGCGCGCAUCGGUAAAGAAUGCGGACUUUGUCGCACACUGGAAACAGAACGCUAGUACAAAAGCUUCAAAGAGGAAAACAUGUCGAAAACACACACAAAGCCCCCGUCCUCGUCGGGGGCUACGACCUCCGGUGGACCUUCUUCCUCCUCAUCCUCCUCGCCCGCAGGUGGCACGACGUCUCCCGCCAACGUCCUGCACGUACAGCCUGAGAAGCCUCAACACUACACGUAUCUGAAGGAGUUCAGGACAGAACAGUGUCCUCUGUUUGUGCAGCACAAGUGUACCCAGCACCGGCCCUUUGCCUGCUUCCACUGGCACUUUCUGAACCAGCGGCGCCGCAGGCCCAUCCGCAGGCGGGACGGAACCUUCAACUACAGUCCAGACGUCUACUGCACCAAAUACGACGAGGGCACAGGCACCUGCUCUGACGGGGAUGAAUGUCCGUACCUGCAUCGUACUGCGGGCGACACAGAGCGGCGGUACCACCUGAGGUACUAUAAGACGGGCUCCUGUAUCCACGAGACGGACGGGAAGGGCCACUGCAGUAAGAACGGCUCCCACUGCGCCUUUGCACACGGAUCACAUGACCUACGAUGUCCCGUCUACGAUGUCAGGGAGGUGCAGGUGAUGGAGUCUCAGGGGGGGUCGGGGGCUGCUGAGGGAGGAGGGGGGGAGGGCCAGUCGGGGCUGGCGGCCAGUACCGCCCUCAUUGAGAAGAUCCUGAGUGAGGAACCGCGUUGGCAGGAUAACACCUAUGUGUUGUCCCACUACAAGACAGAUCUGUGUAAAAAGCCUCCUCGUCUGUGUCGCCAAGGUUACGCCUGUCCGUACUACCACAAUAGCAAAGACAGGCGGCGUAGUCCACACAAACACAAAUACAGAGCGCUGCCGUGCCCAGCGGUGAAGCACAGUGAGGAGUGGGGAGAUCCCAGUAAGUGUGAGGUGGCAGAGGGAUGCCAGUACUGCCACACACGCACAGAGCAGCAGUUUCACCCUGAGAUCUAUAAGUCCACGAAGUGUAACGAUAUGCAGCAGUGUGGCAGCUGCCCCCGGGGCCCCUUCUGUGCCUUUGCACACCUUGACAACAAGCCCCCUAUCAGUGAAGAACUGUCGUUUCAGACCCCCAGCUCCCCACCUCUCCCCCCAGGACCCCAAGACCCUCACCCUGCCCAGGAAGGAUGCUCCAGCCCUGGGGGCCGAGGUGGAAGAUCUGGGUCUCUGUCUGGAGGUCCGUUCUCCCCAUCAGGGGGGGUGUGUGUGGCAGAACAGGGCCUGUUAGGGAGGGUGCUGUCGUUGUGUGAGGACGUGUGUGGGGGAGGUGAACCCCUCUCCCCCUGGGCUGGGGAAGGGGGGUACGGUAGGGCACCGGGGUACGAGAGGGAAGACCAUGCCAAACAGAAGAGUUUUACCAUGGACCAGCGCAACAGAGAAAUGGCGUCUCAUCACAGCAAACAGGACCUGCUGGUGUUCCUCCCAGUGGGUAGUCCUCUGAGUCUCUCCUCCAGUGUUCCCUCCAGCCUGGCAGCCACCCCUCCCAGCCCUGCCCCUCCUGGACCCCUCCACCAGGGCCACCACCACCAUGGAGCCCCAGCACCAGGCCUCUUCCCGGGCAUGAAUGCCAACGCACUGCCCUUCUAUCCCACCAGCGACACCGUCGAGUCUGUAGUGGAGUCAGCUCUGGAUGACCUGGACCUGAAUGACUUUGGCAUGUCUGCCCUGCAGAGAAGUCUGGACAGCAGCUCGGCUCUUCCCAGAGCCAUGCUGGGAGGAAAUCAGCUCCAGAGUUCUGCUCCUGUCAACAUUCCAGGAACCCUCUGCAGCUCUGCCCCUUUCAGCUCCCCCUCGCCCUCUCCACCAAUCAGAGCCCACCAAUCGCCAUUCUUCUCCUCCCAUCUAUCGCAGCCCAGCAAAUCAGAAAGCAGCUUCUUGGGGCCAUCGCAUAGCUCUUUAGGUCUGAAUGGUAUGAGCAGUAGUAUCUGGGAGCACCCAUCAGGCCAGGGUUCUCCCGGUACGCCCCCGGCCCUGAUACCCACCAUGGGCCAGAGCAUGGAGACAGCCCGGGUCCGACAGGAACUAGACGAUGCUAACAGACUACUGAAACACUGGGACCACACCUGGAGACAUACAGCACAGUCGUGGGCGGUGUUGAAGUCUGAUGCAGAGGAGUCUCGUGGCUCGGCCGGUCGGUCAGCUCUUGAAGCGGAGCGGGCCAGGCAGGCUGAGGAGGCGGCAAAGAGACAGACCUCCCUUCUCCAGGAGGCGCUGGAGAGCAUGAGGACAGGAGAGAACCCUCACUUGGGCCUCCACCAGCUCCAGCUGCUCCACAGACUGCCUCUAGAGUCUGUCCUCAGUUUGCAGGCCCAGCUCUGUACAUGUCUACACACUGUGGAACAGGUGGUGUAUAGAAAGCAGUGUCAAUGUUGUGUGACGUGUGGAGAGCAGGGAUCGGUCUCGCUGCCCUGUGGACAUGGUCUACUGUGUGACAGCUGCACCAGCUCUACAGAGUGCCCCCUUUGCCCAGAACAGAACCUAGAUCAGUUAUCCUGACCUAACUCUACUAUCUAUAGCCCAUAUAUAGAUAUGGUAUCCUCACUCAAAGACCAGCCCAAAGACCAGCCUCCGGUCCAUAUAGUCACUGAUUCAAGAUCAGAUUUUUUUUUUUACAUGCACUACCCGUCCAUAAGAAAUGAUUCAGGAUCAGCCCUAACCACAGACCUGGCUUUAACCAUUACAAGCUAAAUCAACAAUCUGACUCAGUUGUUAAAGGCAUGUAUGAUCCAGACAGCCAUCUCAUGAUGCAGCCUAAGUGGGCCACCAUUUGAAGGAGUACAAGGUUUUAGUUUUUACCGUUAGUUAUUAUUGUUUUGCUAAGGAGACUUAUAGUCCGAGGAAGAAUAGGGCUGCAUCUCAAUAGUAUAAAAAGGCUUCCUUGUCUCCUUCACACUGAUCUGAAACUACAGGAAGGACAUAUGGUGGAAGCCUACAAAGAAAUUGCAGAUUAAGGAAGGAAAGCCAUGUUAAACUAUUUGGACGCAGCAGUCUGUGUUGCUUACAGAUAGUUUCUGUGCGUGACUGACUCAGGUUUGCAGUCUAAUAUUAUUAUUCUUUGUUAACCGGAAAGAAUGUUAACACAAUCAAGAAAAAUGUACUAGUCAAUUGUGUAGUCUGAAAUUAUGCCGAUUUUUCAUUUUAAUAACAAGGCGCUUCACGUUAACUCAAAUGCCAGCCUUUUCUUUUUAUAAAAAUCUAUGUAUAAUGUUUUUGGGGCAUAAUUUACAUUUGUAAGCAUUUUGAUAUUUCACAGUAUGUCAAACUCAUGUCAAAUAUACACAGUUCUUGUAUGUCAUACUUGCUACAUGCACUGACUACACCAGGUGUCAGGCUUUGGAAACAGCAGGGGUGUGUGGGUGUGUUGAUAACCAGUGAAAAGACACGAUCACUACUAUACAUAGACCUGGCACAAAGUUCACACCUUGUCCUACUGCAUCCACCAACAGUGAUUCAUUUUUGUGUGUUUUGGUAUAAAAAAAUAAAACAAAUGUAUAUUUUUGGA